AUGUCUAACUUCGUAUCAUCCAGUACCCACAGUGGACCAUCAGGUCCGCAUCUGUCCUACAAUAACCACCUGUCAUUCAAUUUCCAACCCCCAGUUCCUCGAGACCCAAUCCCAACCGUGUUUGACUUUGACCAACUUCAACAAACCUAUACUGAAUUAGAAAAGAAUCUCGCCAAUGCAUUAACAGCCAUCCCCCAAAAGGUCAAAAAUAUAUCCAAUGACCAGAAUACCCAAAUCAGGGAUCUAAAUUCCGAAAUCAAAACAUUGAGACAAGAUCUCCUAACUAUCCAACUGGAAUAUUCUGAACAAUCAUCGAAUUUGGAUAUAUUAUUAUCAGAAUUAGAAGACAAAGGCAAAAAUAAAGUCGAUGAACUUGAGAGACAACGACACGAGGCACAAUUGAUAAAUAGCCAAGGAGAAACCCGACUUCGGGAAUUAGGUGAAGAACAUCGUGCUUUGACUGGGAAACUUAAGACAUUACAAGAUCAAUUAAAUGGAGAGAUGCGUCGGGGAAUACCGGAAUUAUCAAGAUAUGAAAGAUAUUUAGGGAUACGAAUUGAAGUAUUGGAUAUGACGUUGAUGAGGUUUAUGUUUAUAAAUAUUGAUUCUGAUGAUUAUAAUCGAGAAUUUUGGAUUGAAUUGGAUAUAGGUGGAUCGGAAUAUAGUGUGGGGGAUUCAACGCCUGAUUUGGGGGAUGAUGUGAAGAAAUAUUUACAAGAUGAGUUUAAUGGACAUCAGAAGUUUAUCUACGCCAAACUCGAACUCACAAAUCCCGCCGGACUGGCUAAAGAUCGAGUCGCCCUCGCCAUUAUUCGUCAAGCCGAAUCCCAAGGCCAGAUCCAACCCCAUCAAAACCAUGUCAUAUUCGAAGGCACCAGUGGAUCCACGGGGAUUUCAAUCGCGACGUUAGCCAAUGCUUUAGGAUAUGUUUGUCAUAUUUGUUUGCCUGAUGAUACGUCGUCGGAAAAAGUGGAGACGUUGGUGGCAUUAGGGGCCGAGGUUGAGAAGGUGAAGCCGGCAAGUAUUGUCGAUCCCAACCAAUAUGUGAAUGCUGCCAAGCGUAGGGCCGAUAAAUUAAACAACGAAAGAGAAAGUAGCGGGAGAAAGGCGAUCUUUGCCGAUCAGUUUGAGAAUGAUGCGAAUUGGAGAGUGCAUUAUAUGACCACGGGCCCAGAAAUAAUUCGACAAAUGGGGGAAUGUGGGGAUGGGGUGGAUGUGUUCAUAAAUGGAAGUGGAACCGGUGGGACCAUUGCUGGAGUGGGGAGAUAUCUUAAGGAACAAAACCCGGAUACCAAGAUUAUUCUUGCUGAUCCCCAAGGAAGUGGAUUGGCUAAUCGGAUUAAUUUUGGGGUGAUGUAUGAUAGUGUUGAGAAGGAAGGGACGAGAAGAAGACAUCAGGUGGAUACUUUAGUAGAAGGGAUUGGAUUGAAUAGAUUAACCUGGAAUUUCAAACAGGGGGAGACAUAUAUUGAUGAAGCAAUUAGAGUUAGUGAUGAACAAGCAAUUAAGAUGGCGAAGUAUUUAUGUGUUAAUGAUGGGUUAUUUUGGGGUAGUUCUUCAGCAAUUAAUUGUGUAGCUGCUGUUAAGACUGCUUUCAAGUAUGGCCCGGGGCAAAAGAUUGUUGUUAUUGCAUGUGAUUCGGGUUCAAGACAUUUAUCUAAGUUUUGGAAACAAGCUAGUAGUAUUCCUAAUGAUAUUACCUUAGAAGAUGUAUUACAAGAGGCAUGA